GGACACUGAGCCAUUAGCGGGUUAUUUGUCCCUCCAUCAAUCGGCCGAGGGUCUGACUAUCAUGUGGACACCUAAUCAGCUGAUGAAUGGAUGUUGUGAGGACACAGACGAUGAAAUUGAUCGCAGCCUGUACUGGGACUAUGCUUUAACUGUGUACCUAGAUGAAAUAGUGUAUAUCCACUGUCACCAGCAGCCUGACUGUGGUGGUACCAUUGUAUUGGUGGGUCAGGAUGGGGUACAGAGACCCCCAAUCCAUUUCCCCAAAGGAGGGCACCUGCUGGCUUUCCUUUCCUGUCUGGAGAAUGGGAUCCUACCCCAUGGACAGCUGGACCCCCCUCUCUGGUCACAAAGGGGCAAAGUCUUCCCAAAACUGAGAAAGAAGGGGAGUCGACUCUCUCUGCUUUCAGGCAGCACGAGUUCCACAGGAAGUAGCACGAGUUCUAGUGCUGACGAGGAGGAGGCCACGGAUUACGUGUUCCGCAUCAUCUCUACCUGCCGACCCGACAGCAUUCCUCCAGAAAUGCUGGACCCUAAAGUGAAUGUAAAGGGAGACUACUCCUGGGCUAACAAGAUUCCACGAGCACCUGCUCUGGUGGACUCAUCCUCCGUACAAAGUUACGCCAAAAUCCAGGAACAGCAGAACAGCUCCUGUCUGAAUAAGUCUGCCACAGAUCACAGGUAUCAAAUGACAACAAUUAAACAUCUGUGUGACACGAUGAAGACACAGAUAAUCUCCAGGGCCUUCUACGGAUGGCUCGCCCACUGCCGACACUUAAAGACAGUUAGAACCCACCUGUCUGAGUUAGUUCUACACAGGAUUGUCCCUGCCAGCAUUCCUUACGACGCAUCCUGUGGGCUGACACAAAGGACAUGGAGGGAACUCAAUCAGAACGGAUCGGUGUCUAAUCCAGAAGAGGUCUACAGACUUGUUUAUUAUGGUGGAAUAGAACACUGCAUCAGGAAAGAGGUUUGGCCAUAUCUUUUGGGUCAUUAUUCCUUCAAGAGUACAGAGGAGGAGCGGCAGAGAAUAGACAACCAUGUGAAGACGCUGUAUGAGAAAACGAUGUCUGAGUGGCUGGCAGUGGAGGCCAUUGUAAGACAGAGAGAGAAGGAAACAAUGGCCGCCAACAUCCUCAAGAACAUGUCGUCUGAGAGCACAGACAUGGCACUGCCUGGGCCUUUUACUCGGGGAGACUCCAGUCUGAGUAAUGAUGUGUUUGAGUCCCUGGAUGAGUGGGACAACAUCAUGACCCAGGAGACCGUCAUAGAGGAGAGCUCCACCACAGGGACUACUUGUACCCCCACCACAGACAGGAAACAGAGCCUAGAGCUCCACCUACAAGGGGAGAUAAUCACAGUGGAGGAACAAAUCUCACAAAAUAUCAAACUGAAUAGAAGAGAUUAUGUGUGUAAGUCUUUCUCGGAGAGUCCGGAUGAUGGACUGGGGGACUCGAUAGCCCCUCACAGUUCUCAAGAGAGGUCCAAACUGGACUCGGCUGAAGAUUCCGAGGGAACGGACUUCUUUAAGAGUGACAGGGAUGGAAGCUUGGAGCGAGCUGUUCACCUGACAAAACUCUCCUGUUCUUUAGACAGUGCGGAGGCUGAUGUAGAGGAAGUGAGCGAUGAUAGCAGUGAUGACGAGGAUAGCGAUGUGUCAUCAGAUCAGGAAAUGACAGAGGGGGGCAUGGCCAAGUCUACACUAGGACCAACAUCAACUGAACAAAACAGAAGAUUGUCUGCGUCUAAGGAGAGUUUGAUUUCCCCGGCCUCCCCAGCUUCACAAGGAGGAGUGUACUCAGCAGAAAUGUUGGACACUGUCGGGCUAAAUCUCCACAGAAUAGAUAAAGAUGUACAGCGGUGUGACAGGAACUACUGGUACUUCACGCCAGCUAAUCUGGAUAAACUCCGCAAUAUAAUGUGCACGUAUGUUUGGGAACAUCUGGAUGUUGGGUAUGUGCAGGGCAUGUGUGAUCUUGUUGCACCACUACUAGUCAUAUUUGAUGAUGAGUCCCUGACGUACAGCUGCUUCUGUGAGCUGAUGAAGAGAAUGUCUGCUAACUUCCCCCAUGGAGGCGCCAUGGACACACACUUUGCCAACAUGAGAUCUCUAAUUCAGAUUUUGGAUUCUGAGUUGUUUGAACACAUGCAUCACCAUGGUGACUACACACACUUCUACUUCUGUUAUAGAUGGUUCCUGUUAGACUUUAAACGAGAGCUGAUCUAUGACGACGUAUUCUCUGUAUGGGAGACAAUCUGGGCAGCUAAGUACAUCAGCUCCCCCCAUUUUGUGCUAUUUAUAGCCCUAGCGUUAGUGGAGUUUUACCGGGACAUCAUCCUAGACAAUAACAUGGACUUUACAGAUAUCAUCAAGUUUUUUAAUGAAAUGGCGGAGAGACAUAAAGCCAAACAAGUUCUAAAGAUUGCUAGAGACUUAAUUCACAAACUUCAGACACUUAUAGAAAAUAAAUAAGGAGUUUAGAAGUCAGUUCUCAUUGUCAUUUAGGAAAUUCCCUGAAAUGUUAUCAUUCAGUAAAACAAAGGCUAAGAACUGUUCAUAGUUCAGUUUAUAUUGAAUAACAGCCUUUGGUAUAAGCAUGGCAGAAAUCCCACUUGUUACAGGUAGUUAUUUUCGUCUUGUACUGUGGCUUUGCAAGUUUUUUAAAACAAAGUUUACAUACAAUGCAGAAUCGUGAAUUACAGUGAAUUUUAAGACUGUAUGAAAAUGCGUUAUUUUUUACAAAGAGUUAAAAAUGGCAUGUUUACUUGUUUUUUAAUAUCAUGACACAAUCUCAUUUUUUUUUUAUUACUGAUCUUUUCUCAACAGAAUCAGAUACAAAUUUAUUUUCUAAAUUUGUUACUUUUGCUCAAAUACAGUCGCAAUGGAGAAUGACUCUCCCUAUGUGAGAAAAGUAAAAAGCAAUAUUUCUGUUUUAAGACAUUUGUGAGUUACAACAAAUGUUGCAGACUAAGUAGUUGAUUCACUGGAUGUGAAAAUAGUUGAGUUAUGAUAACUAUUGAAAAUCUUCAAUUCUUCCAAUUUAUCUUCUUUGGUAUUACAGUGUAUAAAACAAAGAAAACUGGAGACCAACACCUUGAGGUUAAAAUUACAAAAGAUUCUCAUGCUUGGUAUAAGUUAAACAAAAAUUAAAACCUGUAAAAUUUCAGAGUUUUAGGGGGGAAAUUUACAAAUGUUACAUAUUAAAGGAAUGACAGACAGUGUUCACAAAACAAAACAAAAUGUUUUAGUAUAAUUUGUUUGGUUAUUUAAGCUUUUUGGGCCUGACAUCCAUCCCUAAGUGUAUGUUGUACAUGUAUCUCGAAUGAUGAAGUAAUAACAACUUCAGCAUACAAAGCACACUCUUUUAUAUAAUGCAUUUAGAUGCCAAAAUUGAAUCACUUUAUAGAUGUAAUGUUAUUUUGAUUUAAUGUACAAGUGUAGAUAAUAAAAUAUCUAUGGUCAAUAAAAUGUAAUACUAUUCACAACAGUGACCUCAGUUCAAUAAAUUACAUAAUGUAUAAAGUUAUGUGAACAAUAUUUAAAUUAAACUAAUGUGGUUGUGAAAAGCUGUUAAAUAUAUGCUUGUUUUUUACAGACAUUCAGUAAAUUACCUUCACAGAUAUAUAUGGCACUCUUUACUUGUUUAGUUUGUUACAUUACAUCAUGAAUUAAGGUGUUCAUUUCUAUUCAAGUCAGUGUAAAAGUCAAUGUAUACGUAACAUAAAUGAUCAUCAGCAGCUGUCAAUUCUUCAUUAGCUCAUGGUAAACAAAAUAGAUACAUUCCAUUCUUAGUUGAUAUAAGCUUCCCAGUUAUACCCACAUAGCAGACUUUCCAGAUUAUAAUAACUUACAUGUGUAUUUCCCCAUUAAAUUUGGAUGGAUAUACCUCAAAAUGCUUGUACUUAAUAUAGAACCUAUUUAAAUAAGUCCAUUGCCAACACACAUCAAGAUAAUCAUGCUGGUUUCUCCCAAUCACAGAUUUGAGAAUUAUAAAUAAAACUAUUGUUUGUUGUUGUACAGCCAUCUGUGUUAGACUUGUGAUUUUGUAUAAACUGUUAUUAUUUAUUGACUGUGUUAUUGUUGAUGAUUGAAAAUUUAAUGUAUUAAAUAC